AUCCUCAUUAUCAUCUCAUCUUCAAUACUUCCAGCUGAAACUGCCCAAACACCACCAUUCAAGCUCCCCUCCCUCUCUAAAACAACAUACAUUAUGAUAUUCCGACACGAGGAAGAAGAGCUUGUAUAGCCGAUAGAAUUGGAACGAAGAACAAUGACAUUAUCGACUGCGAAAUUACGAGAACUGCCACUCCGCAAUGCAAUCCCACUCACCUCUCACUCACCUUCUCCUCUCCAUUUCCUUUUCUUCUAUUCACCCCCCAAAUCCACUCUAUCUCUCCUCAAAACCUUCUCUUCCCUCCGUAGUACCACCGAAAGUAACGGCCGUCUUAACAGCGUCUCCCAGAAGUCUAGAACCAAUGAACAGCGCGACCCGUGGAAUGACGAAAUCCAAAACCCUAACCCUAACCCUAAUUCUCUCAAGUCCAAGGGUUCCUCUGCUCCGUGGCUCAACAAAUGGGCCUCUGCGAACCCUCCGAUAGAAUCGAAUUCAAAAGUGAAUUCGAAAGUGGUUGAAACAAAGCGGGCUGAUGGUGAUAAUCAAGUCGAAAGUCGGUAUUUUGAUGGGAAGAGUGGGACAAGCGCGAUAGAAAGAAUUGUCCUUCGGUUGCGGAAUUUAGGGUUGGGUUCGGAUGAUGAGGAAGAGGAAAAUGAGGAAAAUUCUUCUUCACCGGUGACAGGUGAAGAGAAAUUGGGGGAUUUGUUGAAGAGAGAUUGGGUGAGACCUGAUGUGAUGCUGAUUGAGGACAAGGAUGACGAGUCGGUGUUGCCGUGGGAGAGGGAAGAGGAGAGGAGGGAGGCUGUGGCGGAGGACGGGAGGGGGGUAAGGAAGAGAAUGGUGAAGGCGCCGACGUUGGCAGAGUUGACCAUUGAGGAUGAAGAGUUGAGGAGGUUGAGGCGGCUUGGGAUGACGCUUCGGGAGAGGAUUUCUGUCGCGAAAGCAGGGGUUACAGGGGCAGUUAUUGAGAAGAUUCAUGAGAAAUGGAGGAAGUCAGAGCUGGUGAGGCUUAAAUUUCAUGAGACGUUGGCACAUGAUAUGAAGACGGCGCAUGAGAUUGUCGAGCGUCGAACAGGAGGAUUAGUUAUCUGGAGAGCUGGAAGUGUCAUGGUGGUGUUUCGGGGAAGUAACUAUGAAGGGCCUUCUUCUAAACCCCAAGCCGUUGAUAGAGAAGGUGACACACUUUUUGUACCAGAUGUUUCUUCUGCUGACAAUCAGAUAUUAAGGAAUGGCAAUGGUGCUACUUCGACUCUGGAAAAGAGGGAACCAACUCCUUUGGGCCGUGUUGAGAACAUGACAGAAGAUGAAGCUGAAUUCAAUGGCCUGCUGGAUGGUUUAGGCCCUCGUUUUGAGGAUUGGUGGGGUACAGGCAUACUUCCUGUUGAUGCUGAUUUACUUCCUCAGACGAUUCCUGGCUACAAAACACCUCUCAGGCUUCUUCCUACUGGAAUGCGACCACGUCUAACCAACGCAGAGUUGACAAAUUUACGGAAACUUGCUAAAUCACUUCCCUGCCAUUUUGCCCUCGGGAGAAAUAGAAAUCAUCAGGGCUUGGCAGCAGCUAUAAUAAAACUUUGGGAGAAAAGCUUAGUUGCGAAAAUUGCUGUCAAACGUGGAAUCCAGAAUACAAACAACAAAUUAAUGUCCGAGGAGAUAAAGAAACUAACAGGAGGUGUCUUACUGCUCAGAAAUAAAUAUUACAUUGUCAUAUACCGGGGUAAAGAUUUUCUCCCAACAAGUGUGGCUGCUGCUUUAGCGGAAAGACAGGAAAUGACAAAACAGAUUCAAGAUGUUGAAGAGAAAGUGCGGAGAGGAGCAGCAGAAGUAGUUCCAAAGGGUGAAGAUGGACAGCCACUGGCAGGUACUUUGGCCGAGUUUUAUGAGGCUCAAGCCCGGUGGGGAAGAGAAAUAUCUGCUGAAGAACAUGAAAAGAUGCUGGAAGAAGCUUCCAGAGCUAAGAACGCCAGGGUGUUCAAGAAAUAUGAACAUAAACUAGGCAUUGCCCAAUCCAAGAAGCUUAGAGCGGACAAACUGCUAGCUAAGAUAGAAGCGUCCAUGGUUCCUGUUGAUCCUUUCGAUGACCAGGAAACAAUCACUGACGAGGAACGGUUUAUGUUUCGCAGGGUUGGUUUAAGAAUGAAGGCGUACCUGCCUCUUGGCAUUCGUGGUGUUUUUGAUGGCGUUAUUGAGAAUAUGCAUUUGCAUUGGAAGCAUAGAGAACUUGUGAAGCUGAUAUCCAAACAAAGAACUUAUGUUGAAGAAACAGCAAGAUUAUUGGAAUAUGAAAGUGGCGGGAUAUUAGUGGCAAUAGAAAGGGUCCCAAAAGGUCAUGCUCUAAUUUACUAUCGGGGAAAGAAUUAUCGGCGGCCUAUUAGCUUGAGGCCACGAAACCUUCUGACAAAGGCAAAAGCACUGAAACGUGCAGUGGCUUUACAGAGACAUGAGGCUCUCAGUCAGCACAUAUCUGAACUGGAGAAAACCAUAGAGCAGAUGAAGAAAGAAGUAGAUGAUUCCAAAGAUGAGGAGGACGAGAAUGCUCCGAACUUAGAUAACAACAGCCAGCACAGUCAUGUCGCAGUGUUCACCCAAAAUAAGGAUGAAGAUUUAUGGAUGGAUUCUGACGGAGAUGAAGAUGAAAAUCUCGACUUGGAGGAUGGUGAAGACACUGAAAUUUCAAGCUUUGAGAACCUUGAUCAUACUUCCGGCAAGAAGGGUUAAACGAAUAUGUUCUGAAAUCAUUUGCAGUGAUAGGAUGACAUUUUUGUUAUAGCCUGUAUCAGUUGAGGUUGGUGGAAGUCUCGCACUUGUAUCGCAUCAUGUUUGAUUGCUCUCCCUUCGAUUUAUGUACAAGUUGAUGCAGCUGAAAUCCUUGGGAUUCAUUUUCAUUCCAUCCCCUUUUUCAUUGGAAUUCAAGUUCGAGUUCAAAAUGAAUAAGAUACUCGGAGGGGGCAUCGUGUAUCUUUGCAACUAAUGACCGUGUGAAUAUUUCAUCGUCUACAGCAAUAUAUUGGUACGCCACCAUUUCUGUUGAAUUUGGUCUCUGGCUGUAAUCUCUUAUAGGGAACUUCACUGAUUUAAGUCCUGGAUGGAAGUUGUAAUGAUUCAUUAAUUGGUCUCUUGAGUUUUUAUGCUAUCUAACGGAUGAACUUAUAAUAUCUGUAAAAGAGACAUUUUUCAUAGCUCUUGCAACAACUUUAAACGUGUAAUUAUUCCCAUUGUAAAAAAUACUUGAUAUUUAGUUUUCUUUGUCGGUAAUAAAUUUUAAGAUAAAUUUAAUUCC